AUGGCUACUGAUUAUUUGUGGUUUGAAGGCAUUCCUUUCCCCAGUUAUGUACAGAGUGUUGAAACCUUGAAAUUCUUGCGGGAUGAAUUUGUGGUGCAGGAUGGAGAUGUCAUUACAUUUUCUUACCCAAAAUCAGGAUCCCAUUGGAUGUUCGAGAUCCUCAGCCUCAUCCACUCCAAGGGAGAUCCCAGAUGGGUCCAGUCUGUUGCUAUCUGGGAUCGUUCACCAUGGUUAGAAACAGAAAUAGGGUAUGAAAAUGUGAAGAAUCAGAAAUAUCCACGAAUGUACUCUUCACACCUCCCAAUUCAAUUGGCUCCCAAGUCUUUCUUCAAUUCCAAGGCCAAGGUUAUUUACCUAAUGAGAAAUCCCAGAGAUAUUCUUAUUUCUGGUUAUUAUUUCUACCAAGUAUUGAAAUUGGUCAAAAGUCCAGAGUCAUUUGAACAAUAUUUUGAAUUGUUUCUCCAGGGAAAUGCACCGUUUGGAUCAUGGUUUGACCAUAUUCGUGGAUGGCUGUCAAUGAAAGGAAAAGAGAAUGUCUUUAUAAUUUCAUAUGAGGAGCUGCACCAGGACUUAAAGGGCAGUAUAGAGAGACUCAGCCAGUUCUUGGGCAAGAAGCUAAGUCCAGAAGAACUCAACUCAGUCCUCAAGCACAUAUCCUUCCAGGUCAUGAAAGAUAAUAAAAUGAGCAAUUUGUCUAUUGUGCCAGAUGAGGUUAUAAAUCACAGCAAAGGGGGAAUCAUGAGAAAAGGAAUCACUGGGGACUGGAAAAAUCAUUUCACGGUGGCCCAGAGUGAAGCCUUUGAUAAAAUAUACCAAGAGAAGAUGGUGGGGCUUCCUCGAGGGCUUUUUCU